AUGUUGAAAGAGAUGCAAGAUGCUCAUGAUGAGAUGGAAGAAGUGCAAGAAAUUUUGAACCUCCAAAGUGGAAAGAGACAUUUACCCCUGGGAUCUCAGGCCUCUAUGCUGAAUUCCAAGAGAGUGAAAUGCCCCUUGGAUCUAAUGUUCUUUAAGGAUCCAGAGAUAACUAUGAGGUUGGCAAAAGACAAGAGGCAAACAAGCAUAAAUGAUUCUUGUGACAAAGAAGCUAGAGCAAGAACCAUUCAAUACAUAGAAUGGUUUCUUUAUUCAAAUGGGAUUGCUUUUAAUGUUGUCAAAUUAAAAAGCUUCAAAUUGAUGGUGGAAGCUCUUGGAAAUUAUGGACCUCACCUAAAGCCUCCUAGCUAUCAUGAGUGUAGGGUUCCACUCCUUAAAAAAGAGUUGGAAUACACAAAGGCAUUGUUGAAGAACCAUGAGGAAGAGCGUGUUUUGCACGGAUGUUCCAUUAUGUCGGAUGCUUGGACGGAUAGGAAGAAUAGAACGUUCAUAAAUUUCUUGGUGAAUUGUCCAAAAGGAUCAUUGUUUGUCAAGAGCGUUGAUGGCUCUUCAUUCAUGAAGACGGGGGAGAAAUUGUUUGAGCUCUUUGAUAGCUUUGUCACGGAGAUUGGAGAAAACAAUGUGGUGCAAGUGAUCACGUACAAUGGGAGCAACUAUAAGUUGGCCGGGAAACUUUUAGAGAUAAGAAGGAAGCAUUUGUUUUGGACUCCUUGUGCUGUCCAUUGCAUAGACUUGAUGCUAGAGGACAUUGGGAAGCUUACCAAAGUUCACAAAGCAAUAGAGAGAGGCAUCAGCCUUGUUGGUUUCAUAUACAACCACACAUUGGCUUUGAACACAAUGAGGUUGUUCACAAAGAAGAUGGAGAUGAUUAGGCAUGGGGUUACACGGUUUGCUACGUCAUUCCUUACUUUGCAGAGAUUGCAUACUCAGAAAGAUAACCUAGAAAAAAUGUUUCGUUCAGAUGAAUGGUUGAAAACAAAUGUAGCUAAAGACCGCAAGGGGAAGAAGGUGGCUUCCAUUGUUUUCAUGUCUUCAUUUUGGAAUGAUGUUCUCUACACACUUAAGGUUAUGGGGCCUCUUGUCCGUGUGCUAAGACAUGUUUAUCAUGAGAAAAAGCCCGCAAUGGGUUACAUUUAUGAGGAUAUGGAUAGAGCAAAUAAGGCAAUUAAAGCUUCUUUCAAUGACAAGGAAGAAAAGUACAAAGAAGUCUUUGAAAUCAUUGAUAGAAGAUGGGAGUGUCAACUCCACCAUCCUUUGCAUGCGGCUGGUCACUUCUUGAACCCCGGCAUUUUCUACAAAAAUCCAGCAGCAAUUGAGAUGGAUGCUGAGGUGAUGAGUGGACUUUAUGUUUGCAUAGUCCGCUAA